CUUCCCUGUUCCAACUGGCAUCAGAGCUGGGAGUUUGUUUCCAGGCAGGAUACAUUCCAGGCACAGCUUUUUUUUUUGCAAAGACAAUUCUGCUUCAGAGAGAAAAGAAAACAGUGGGGGAAGAGAGAGACGAGUUCACUUCUUUCAGCGUGUGGGAUUGGGUUUUGUUUUUUUUGGUGAAAAGUGCAGAUUGAGAUUCGCUGCGGUUGGUUGGGACAUAUUAAUAAGCAAUCACCUCAGAGAAUAAGGGGGGGGGAGUUUUAUGCAAAUAGCCAUCUCCAUAAGGAAUAAGGCAGCGAUCCCGGGUCAACAGCGACACAACAUGGAGGAAGUGGAGCUAGGGGGAAGAGAACCAUGAGAGUGGAAGCGCCCGCUCUGGGAGGGAGCAGUGCAGGCACCGGGGCCGCUCUUUCGGGGGAAUGUGCUAGGGCAGUGAGCACCGAGCGAUGCCGAGGAGGAGGUCGAGCGGGGAGCUGCCGCUGCCCAAUGGCUGGGAGGAAGCGCGCGAUUUCGACGGCAGGGUCUUCUAUAUCGACCACAACACCCGGCAGACGAGCUGGAUCGACCCGCGGGACAGACUGACCAAGCCAUUAACAUUUGCUGACUGUGUUGGUGAUGAGCUGCCACUUGGCUGGGAAGUAGUUUAUGAUCCACAGGCUGGCAUUUACUAUAUUGACCACAUUAACCAGAUCACGCAGAUUGAAGACCCCAGGGCACAAUGGCGGCGAGAGCAGGAGCGUAUGCUGAAAGAAUAUUUGGUGGUGGCCCAGGAAGCUCUGAAUGCCAAGAAAGAAAUCUACCAGGUGAAAAAGCAGCGUCUGGAGCUGGCCCAGGAGGAGUAUCAGCAGCUGCAUGACCUGUGUGAGAAUGAUAGCGUCUCUCACGUCAGCUCUUACUCAAACUCAUCCUCCAAUACAAAGUACAAUCCUGACCAGAUCAAAGCUGAGAUAGCAAGUCGAAGAGAGCGGGUUUCCAGAUUGAAAAGGGAGUUGGCACAGAUGAAAGAGGAGUUGCAGUACAAGGAAAAAGGUGUAGAGACACUACAAGAGAUUGACCGUAAAAUGUCUGACAGUCAAACCAACUAUAAACUGGAUGAAGCACAGGAAAUUAUGAAUGAGCUGAGAAUGAUCAAAAAGUCAAUUACUUUAGGAGAAAAAGAGAAACAGGACCUUAUACAGAGUCUUGCUAAACUAACAGAUGAAUUCAGGAAUAGCUGCUGCAUUGAAAACUCGCUGCAGGAUCUCCAGAUGAAUGCAACCUUGGCCUCUGAGUGUUUACCACAGCAGUACUGUGAAGCAAGUUCACAGACUGACAUCAUCGGUGAGUUUUCAUCUGAUGGAAGGUCGAAACUAGCAGACAGAGUUCGACUUAGUUGGCAGUAUGAGGAAGCUAAGAAGAGAGUUUCUAGUAUCCAGCUACAACUGGCUCAGUUGGACAAUGAGAGCUGGCCAGGCAGGGCUGAGGCAGACUGGGACCGUCUGCAGCUGAUCAGGGAGAAGGAGGCACUGCUCCAGGAGCUGCAGCUCAUCAGUCAGCAGAAACGCCUGCCCGAGGAGCUGGCUCGGCUCGAAGCAGAACGCCAGCGCCUGGAAGACGAUAUCCAGCAUGCACAGUCCAUUCCCUGUCAGGAAUUCGCUGAAAGAAUGCUGUUGCAGGACAAGAGAAACUGUCUAUUAAGGCAGCUGGAAGAAGCAACACGCUUAACCACAUAUUUGCACUCGCAGCUGAAGAGCUUAUCUGCUAGCUCGCUCACGGUGUCAUCCAGCAGUAGUAGAGGUUCACUUGCAUCCAGCUGUGGAUCAUUGGCUUCCAGUCGAGGUUCUUUAAGCUCAGUCAGUUUUACUGACAUUUAUGGCCUUCCACAAUACGAGACCGACGCAUCAAUUGAUUUGGGGUGCUAUCUGCAGUUUGAUCUGCUUCCGUUUGACACGAUAGCCAAGGACCCUUCCUUUAUUGACCAUUUAGGACUGUCCAACUUGAGCAAGCCCAGGCGGUCUUUGGACCAGCCUCAGUCCUUGGCGUCGCUCUCCUCUAGGUCCUCGUUGUCCUCGCUCUCGCCACCCAGCUCCCCACUCGACACCCCAUACCUCUCCGCUUCUCGCGACUCUCCGCUGGCCCAGAUGAACGAGGAGUUUGAGGAGCUGCUAGGAAGAUCGGAGUCUGAAAACCUGCGACUGCAAGCCCAGGCUGUCUGUCACGAUUUGCAGGAAGCUGCGUCUGCCCAAGUUGUUGGAGCUUCGGUCAGCGAUAUCAAGCUAUGCCAAGAUGUGGAUCCCAGAGUGAGGCCAGCAAUGCAGGCUGUAGGAGCGGUAACCCUGCGCACUGACAGUGCCCUUAAAGCAGGCCGAAGAGUGAGAAGAGUCUCCACGGGUUUCUCGGAUGAUUCCCUCGCCACAGACAGUGGCGUCUUCGAAGCAUUGAGUAAAAGGCCUGAAGAUGCAGACGAGACUCUGUAUGAUAGUAGUUCCAUCACUUUUGAUCCACCACAAAUUAAAAUGGGACUUGUGUACGAUCACCGGGAGGAAUGCUUGAUCAUUCACAUCCUUCAUUUACGGAAUCUCACUGCCCUACAGGUGAAAGAUGGGAGCAGAGUGUAUAUAAGGACCUCAUUGCUCCCGAUUGACCCAGGCACAACGUUUACCUUCCGCUCCAAGGCUUUAGAGAUUCAGGCCCUAAUGACAUUCAAUGAAUCCUUUCAAAUCCCAGUGGCACCCAGCAUGUUGAGAUUGAAGACUGUGCAGCUGGAUAUAUGUUCCAUUGACCAGCAAAUUCAGGAAGAGUUAUUGGGAGUUGUUCAGAUAAGCCUGGCUGACAUUGAAAGACCAGGUGAAAUGUUGCUCCAUUGGUAUCAACUGUUAACCUUCAGUAGUAUGGGGGCAAUACCUGAAAGGAACAGCAGGCAAGCUUGCAGUACUGGAAUUGUUGGAAAGCUGACGGAUAGUGAAAUGAAGGAUGCAGUGUCAAUGCUUCUUGCAAGGACCACAGCUCAGUUGGAAGCAGUGGAGAAACAGUUAGCAGAGGAGCGAGUGAAGUUGGAAUGUACGGAAGAGGAAAUCCAGGAGGAGAUGAAGGAAGAGAAAACCGAAGCUGCAUCAGAGAGGAGUUGGCAGGCCGAGUCAGUGGACAGUGGCUGCAGCAAUAGUGCCCAGCUUAGCCCGCAAUACCCAAUGUUGGAACAGCUCAGUGGGGUGGAUGGCAAUGGGAGCCACCUGCACGAGUUUGCAGAUCAAAUGAGCCAGUUUGCUGCUCUCCGAAUGAGAGCCUCGCGUAUGAAGGUCGACAAAGAGACCAACACCGAAGAGCCUUUCCCUGAAGAGGUCAUGAUACGACCGAAGGAGAGGAGCAGUCGACGGUCACGUGGCUCUCCGUUUGUCCGUAGCAGCACCAUUGUCCGCUCACAGACGUUUUCGCCAGGAGCACGCAGUCAGUAUGUCUGCAGGCUAUACCGAAGUGACAGCGACAGUUCGACGCUUCCUAAAAGGUCCCCAUUUAUCCGAAAUGCAUUGGAGAGACGCACUCUGCGUUAUAAACAGCCAUCUUUCAAAACGCCACUUGUUGAACAUCCAACACGAACAUCCCUGGACUUGGAGCUGGAUCUCCAGGCGUCCAGGACUAGACAGCAGCAACUGAACGCGGAGUUGGCCGCACUGCGAGAGCUGAAACAGCGGCUGCAGGAGAGCCGGAUUCGAGGACAGGCCGACCUCCCUCAAUGGAUUUUACGAGAUGAGAAGUUCCGCAAUCUGUUAAAGGAAGCAGAGAGACAGGCAAAGCAAACUAAGUUGGAGCAACGCCAAGACCAAACAGCUGAGAAAAUGCUGAAGAAAGCAGCGAAGGAAGUGUAUCAACUGAGAGGGAAAAGCCAAAAAGAGCCCUUGCAGGUUCAGUCCUUCAGAGAGAAAAUGGCAUUUUUCACCCGAGCACGAAUCAACAUACCUCCUCUGCCAGCGGAUGAUGUAUGACACUUUACUAUAUUUUAAAUAUGAAGUAUUUAUCAGUCUCAAUUUUAUCCAUGUGAAGUUACUAGAAAAAAAAGUGAGUUUAUUAAACACUUUUGCCAGGAUUAUUCCUAUAGACCUUUUGUAAAAAGAAAAAAGGGAAAAAAAAAAGCCUAUAUACUUAUGUUAUAUAAAUAUAUAUAUAUAUAUAUAUAUAUAUAUAUAUCUUUACAUAUGGAUAUAUAUAUAUAUAUUAUAAUUCUAGAAUUGAAGCAAGGCGUGGUUUGUCCUUGUUAUGAAUUUAACAUCCCUCUGAAGGGAUGGUAUUAUAUUAAAACAAACUAAGCUGUUGUAUAUCUGUUCAGUUUCUGUGUACUCUGUGGGCUUAAAAGGCUGGAAGAUAGAAACAAGGCCAGCUUAAUCAUAUCCACUGUAAUAUAGGUUUCUUAUUUAAAAAAAAAUAUUUUUCCUUGAAGGAAAAUCUCAGUUUUAGGUGUAUUUUAAGACUAUAAAGUUCUGCAGUAUUUUGGGUGCACUGGAAUGAAAUCUUAAGCUGGCUUUGUUUCUGUUACCUGAUGUGAAAAUACUAUGCGCUGAUUAUUAAUGUUGCCAUAAUAUGUUUCAAGCCACACGCAUAACUUUAGUGUUUUAUAUUACUCUGUGCCUUUACACUAUAUUGUAACAUUGUAUUCUUUGCCACAACGGUGUAUUGUAUAAAAAAAAUUUCAUAGUAACGUCUUUCAAUAUUUUUACUAUUAAAAAAUAAAAAAGAACCUUUAUUAGUGAA